GCCGGAGCCGCUGCAGCUGCGCAUCCUCUCCUUCCUCCCGCUCAGGUCCGCCAUCCUCGCCUCGUCCCUCUCCCGCAGCUGGCGCGGCCUCUGGGCGCGCCGCUGGGAGGACGACGGGAACCCCUCCUCCUCCCUCCACCACCACCUCCGCCCCUACUCCACCCCUUGUUGCAACAAGCUCCUCGACAUCCUCGAGCUGCGCCAGUCCCAGGGCCGGCGGGGGCGAAACGACCGCUACUCCCUCGUCGUCGACACCCUCUCGAUCCGCCCCCACGGGCUCGGCCGCUACCUGGCCGCCCGCUGCGGCGUCGAGGAUCUCCGCGUCGAGCUGCGGAGGGCGACUCCGGACACGCCACUCCUCUUCCCCUUCCCGGCGGCGGCCGGCCCCGCCCUCGCGCGCCUCUCGCUGCGUGGCAUCGGGCUCUCCGGCCUGCACAGCAGGGCCGCCCGGCCGUGCGCUGCCUUGGAGGCCGUCCUCCUCCACUCCGUCCGCCUCGACUUCCAGGAAUUGGCGAGGAUGCUGGCGCUGUGCCCUCGUCUCCGCGUCCUCGGCCUGCGCUCCUGUACGGGCAUCAGUCGUGUCGCCGUGACGCCGGCGAUGGGGCUCUCCAGCCUCAGGACCGUCACCAUCAUAGACUGCAGCUCCCUCAUUGGUGUGGACUUCGCGGUGGUUUAUAGCCUCCGGUCGUUCCGCUACAGCGGCGGUUUCUGCUUCUAUCUGCCCGGCGAUGCCAUGUUCGCCGACCUCGACAUCCGUUUCGGCAUCAAGAAAAGCCGCAAUGUCCUCAUCUGCCAGAAGGUGUUCAGUGGCUGGUCCGAAACCCGUGUUUGCUCGAAACUUGCUACCCUCACCAUCUGCAGCAAUGUCCUCUUUGUAUGUUGUGUCUUCCUUGCUUAAUGCAACCUCACAUGCCGAAUCGACCAAGAUGGUGGGCGACUUAUUUCCAAGAAUGACGGAACUACAGUUGAUUAUGUUAGAAAUGAAGGCCCCUGAGCUUGCAAACAUCUAUGUGUUCCUCAAGAACAGCGGCUGUUCUAAUCUGGAGAGGCUUUUUGUGCAGGUUUAACAACUGUUCGUUUGCAAAAUUGAUUGUUUGAGUUUGUUGGUAGUCAGUUGUCAUUUUAGUGCACUGACAUCUUUAUUGUAUUUUCACUUCUGCUUCGGUACACCCUCCCCCCUCACCCCCCAAACACGUGAACGGCCCAGAUUAAUCGAUACCUCUUCAUAAGUAAGGGCACGAUGGUCAUAU